AUGAAAAGCGAAUAAGUAUUAAACUUGUUUUGUUGUGAGAAAAAACAAAUGAAUACUCUACAAAACUGUAAUAACACUGCUAGGAUAGGAUCAAAUAAUAGAAAAACAUCAAUUCAGUUAAAAGACUUCAGGGGUGGAAAAAAGGACUCAAUUUUGUUAUAAAAAAGUUAAGUGGCUAAUCCUAAUGUUAUUCUUUAGACCUGUAAAAGUUCUAAGACUUUAAUUACAUAGAAAAGUAUAUCUAAUUUACUAUAUAGGUGAUGAACAUUUAAAAAUAACAUAAUCAGGAGUUUAAAGAAAAUCUGUCAAAGAAAUAGAUGGUUAACAAAAUCUCAAACAAGGUGAUACUUAUAAGACAAUAUCACCUAAAGUUGUGAUUAAUAAUGAUAAAAUCAAUGUUUAUUUUGUAAAAGAAGUCACAAAAUACCAUAUAAAUACUGAAACAAAAUCAACAAAGGAAGAAACAAUGAGCACUGAAAAUACAUUAAUUUUAUAAGAAAUUUAAUAAUAAAGAGUCUACUUAAAAACAUCAUAAAAACAAACAACAGCACCUGUAAAUACCUAAAUCAUCACAAAUAUACCAAAAAGUAUGUUAAGUAAUCAUAAAAGCUUCAUAAAUUAAUCAACAAAAAAACUUUAAGACAAUAAAACUCACAAAUGA